GUUUUAUUUCAAACUGUAAAGUAAGAUUGCGUUGUUUAACUGUGAGGCACCAGGACGAAACUGCUGCGGUGUUAGCGGGUCACGGAGAAGCGCAGAGGACAGCGAAGCGGCGAAUUAGUGUCGUCCUAGUGUCUGUUGAUGUUGGUAGAAUAGACCAGCAAUAAUGCCACAGCUCAGAGUGAUGCUGGUGGUCACAGGAGAUGAUUUCGGCUACUGUCCCAGGAGGAACCAGGGGAUUGUGGACUGCUUCCAGGCUGGAGGCAUUUCCAAUGUGUCACUGCUGGUUAAUGCCUUUGCUGCCAAAGAGGCAGCAGAUCUUGCUAAAAGACACAGCAUCCCCAUUGGCCUGCAUGCCAACCUGUCAGAGGGCAUUCCAGUGUGUCAGAGCCUCCAGCACGCCUCCACGCUCAUAAACCAGCAUGGCUUCUUCCUGGGGAAGAUAGGCUUUCGGCAGGCCUUGGAGAGAGGCCAGCUCAGCAUGAAACAGGUGGAACUGGAGUUGAGGGCUCAGGUCAGGUUGUUCACGGAACUAACAGGUCACCUGCCUCACCACAUGGAUGGGCACCAACAUGUUCAUGUGCUCCCAGAAGUGCGUGAGGUAUUUGCACAGGUCCUGUCAGAUCUCAGGAUUCCAUACACUCGUGUUCCAGUGGAGCCAGGAUUACACAGCUGUCCGUGGCUGCCAGCACACCUCAAAAGAUUUUACACGCAGGUGGAGAAGGAUGCUCUGGACUCCAUUCCUGUCUUCAAACGCUACGGAAUCAGGUGGCCAGAUGUAUACCUGGGACUGACCACCAUGGGCCAGAACAUGUCCAUCCCCAGCCUACAGAGGGCCCUCAGCCACGCUUUGGCUGCAGGGCCUUCAGGUAGCUCCAGCAGUGCAUCAGGCUCUCAUGAGCCCAUGGUCACAGCAGAGCUUAUGGUUCACCCAGGCUACCCCAGUCAUCCACACAAAGGAGGCUGUGGAGAAGGACCCGAUGACUUCUCCCAGUCAGCGGACAGACAACAUGAGCUGAACGUGCUCAGAGACCCGUCCCUGCUGGCCCUCUACAGCCGACAGAGAGUGCAGCUGUGUGCCUUCAAAGACCUGUGACUACUGUUGUCUCAAAUUACAAACAUAUAUGUAUAAUGUCGCUCCAGUGGGAAACAAUGUUACGAGUAUGUGAUGUAGAUCACUCCAUAUGUCUAGAAAGGAAUAUUGAUUUUAAACAGUCCAUCACCUCAAAGCACUCAUGUUUAUUUUCAGCAACUCAAUAGAUAAGUCCAUUCAUCUAUAUGAGCUCUGAGAGUGGAGUCUUUCUCACUUUGACACUAGUACUUUUUAAAAAGAAAAUUAAAAAAAAUAUUAGAAAAGUUUUUAAAUGCUAACAAAUAAAUUAUUAUUGCUAAAAUCAUGAAGGAUUUAAUAACACAAACACAUUUAGGUUUUUCCAAAUAAACAAUGAAGGCACCAUCAAGAGAUGUUACUGAGUUACUGUGGUUGGACAUGAAGUGGCGUCAGGACUUCAAUUUUCUGGAAACUCUUGCAGUUGAGUAUAAAAUGCACUUGCGGCUUCUUCACAUUCCUAAGUACAUGUGACUGUUAAGCACUGAAACACUAUGAAAAGUACUGUAACAUAUGAACUAGAAUGGUAGAGACCAUGUUAACAAGAGAAUACACCAGCCACCACACAGCAUAGAUCUUUGACCUCAGCCAUCUUUGAACUGGGCUUUCAUUUUUGUCUCAGCCACAUCUUUAAAGUUUUGUAACUCUUGUACAGUUGUGAAGCUGUCGUGUGGAUGAAAUCAGUCCCAGAAGGUGAAAACAAUACAGCUACACUAUCACAGCUGGAAGAUACAUGUUUUUACACCAGAUAAAGAUACUUACCCAUUAUUCAUUAAUAUUGGGUAUGAGGGGCACCCAGUAGCUCAACUGGGUUGAGUUGGCGAUGCAUAAACAGGGUUAUAGUCCCUGUUUAUGGCCCUUUGCUGCAGGCCCUACACCUAUUCUUCUCCCUACAUUCCUGUCUCUCUCUCACUGCUGUUCUGUCAAUAAAGCCAAAAAGGCCAAAAAAAAAAAAAAAAACCUUAAUAAAAUAAAUAAAUAUUGGGUCUCACACCAAUCUUUAAAUUCGACUUUCAGCUAUAGACCUGGAAAGUCUGACUACGUGAUGCAUGUUUGCAAUGUGAUCGUGUUGACAAAAUCCGGCCAUUAUUAAUCAAUAUUGGGUCUGCCUUCUGCCAAAGCUAUAUUGCCAGACUCAGCUUGGGAACUUGGGAAGUAAAUUGUUAUUAUUGAUGCAUGAAACUACAUGGAUUUGGUUUUUUUUUUUUUAAAAGGAGGGGUUCCAUUUAGUGAGGGACUUGUUAUCUGAGCUUCAGGUCCUCUCAAAGUCAGAAUCUAGCAUUUCAAUAUUUUCACCUGUACAUGUUGCAGAUUACCUAUCUGAUGCUUUCUGGUUUUCAGAAAUGUGGCGUAAAAUAAGUCCAUCAGUGGAAAAAAAAAGUUCAUUGUAAAUUAAUGGAAGGAUGGGUAAUAGGGGCCAAGCUGUGUGUCUCUGGUUUUCAUCUAGGAUACACCGAUGAUUUCCAAUAAUCUCAGGUUUUAGUGUGUCUUGACAUCAAUGAUCUAUGGCAUUACAGUACGUUUGUAAUAUUUAGAGUUGUCUGGAUUUUUGAAAUGCUAUGUUUUGAGUCUCUGUUUAGGCUCUUUUUAAGCACUGCUCAGUUUGAAAUCAAAGAUUACAACUGAUCUGCUUCCAAUCCAACGGAGGGAGCUAAUAAACAGUGUCAAACGUU